AUGAAUGCCAACAUUUCAAAUGCUACUAAAGGGAAAACAGUUCGAUCGGAAGAGAAGUUGGCAGACAGAAGACCUGAAAAUUCUAGUGGGUCUCUCCCAACUGGUCAAACUGGUCGAAGAAUUGGCGAUUCGCAAAGGGACGUCAAUCAGCUAUUAAACAGUAGUUCCAAAAAUACAAACCCUGAUGUUCUAAAACCUGGGAUCCUGGAGAUUAUUCCCAGUGUAGAAGGUAUGACUGAUAUAAAAAGUACAAUUUCUGAUGGCAAAGAUGAUCCCAAAGAAAUAGAAGACACCGAGGCACCAUUUGGUGAAGAAGUCGAUGACGUCAUUGUCAAUAUCAAGCCCAUGCAGCCUAUCACACGUGUCUCCACCUAUGGCUAUAUGAGCGGUCUGGGGUCUUUGUCUUCCACUCAUAGUUUUACCAACAAGCUUCAAUCUUCCGGGCUUCGUUACUUUUCAGAUAUUAAUGGCAGUAGACGAGGGAGAUUAGGCCUCUCAAAGCAGAUUCUAAUGUCAGAAGACUGUACUAGCUUGUAUGAUAAUCUAACAAAGCGAACUUCUCCUACAAACAAAAUGAUUUCAGAUGUUCGAUAUUCUUCCGAUGCCGAAUCUGUUGACCUCGCGGCAGGAUACAUGAGCGAUGGAGAUGUGCUCAGGCCAGGACUCGUUUAUAGAGUAGACGACAUCGCGGCGGGAUACAUGAGUGAGGGCGGAGCUUCCUUUUACGGCCGAAAUAUUUCAACCGACAUGAAAGACGGCAUAAUGUUUUUUUCAAAAACCAUCAACGUUCUUCAAGACGAUAGGAGCAUAAAUGCUUUUCCGCUACGUUCACAGUACAAGACCAG